AUGAAAGGAAUAAAGAAACUAGUUGUUGAGGCAAGAUUCUACUCAACUAAUGCAGAUUGGCCCCAUGAUAAAAAGGAUGAGCUGAUGAGAGUCCCCUGCGUGAAGAAAGGGGGAAUAAGGUUCACGAUCAACGGCCAUUCGUACUUCAACUUGGUGCUGAUAACGAACGUGGGCGGCGCCGGCGACGUGCACUCGGUGUCGAUAAAGGGGUCGAAAACUGGGUGGCAAGCGAUGUCGAGGAAUUGGGGACAGAACUGGCAGAGCAACAACUACUUGAACGGACAGAGCUUGUCCUUCCAAGUCACCACCAGCGAUGGCCGCACCCUCACCAGUUACGACGCCGUUCCGGCCAACUGGCAGUUCGGUCAGACUUUUGAGGGAUCACAGUUCUGA